UCCUGCAAGCUUCGUCCGACGACGCGUCUUUCCCACGCAUACACUCAACGUAAGCACAUUAUUACAUCCGGCCAAGGGGCUAGGAAAGGCGUUACAGCGAGUCGACCGCCUCUCGACUCUGUCAGCCCUUCUACCUGCUGCACAAGGGGAGACCGGAGAGCCCAGGCCGAGUCCUGGAACAGCGCCUGGUUCGUCUUGCCGCCGACCGCUGCGCUCCGCUUUCUCUUCUUUCCAAUAUGACACGGACUGGAUUCCCUGCUCGAUUGAGAAUGUCACACGAAAGCCGCAAGCUCAACACGUCUUAUCGACGGAAUGGAAAGCUUCAAUCGUGUGAACCCUGUCGCAAGGGAAAGCUCCGUUGCGAUCAUAUGACACCCACUUGCGGCAGAUGUGCUCGUCGGAACAAGUCAGACCAAUGCGUGUAUCACCCUGCGCCGUUGACAAAAGGCCUUCCAACGCCGCAGUCCUCCUUAUCUGUCACAUCAAAUGAUCAUUUUGAUGCCCGUUCGAAUGAGCAAUUCGAGCCCCUCCGUUCAAUUGAGCAGUUUGAGCUCCAAUCGAAUCAACAUUUCGAGCCCCGUUCGAAUGGUUUCAAUUCCGAUUUGACCACCACUAGCCUGUCAGGUGCCUUCGAUAACAGUUCGAACUUCGUUGCCCCUCGUAGGCAGUUUCGGGCCAAUAGCCUGCCGGCACAGCCUCAUCGCUCUCGUGAUGUUCGCGAUCCCUCUCAGCGCCAGAUGGCUUGGGGUGUACCAGCCGACCUCCAGAGAAGUGCAGAAUACCUUGGAGCCACUCCAUAUUCCGCUGUUCUAGACGAAAACGAGAUGCACUUAAACUUUCCUCCAGCGCAAACGAUCGUACCUAGCUCUGUCGCUGCUCUAUCAAAGGUUCACAUCAGAAAGGGUGCAGAAAUCCUCUCGCUGCUAAAGGACAUGUCUCUCUUUGAAAAGCUUAUAAAUUAUUGGAUGACUUUGUCACACGGCUACAUCGUCAUUGCUCCAAUGAUGAAAAUUUGGACUUCUUCGCUCUGGGCUGUACAUCAUCGCGCCCUGGAAACACAGAAGCCGGAAGCAUUGCUGAAGAUGGCAGAGACCAUAUCCUUGAACACUAUUAAACCAUUACGCUUUGAUGGGAAGACAACGCCGCGAGAAUUUGCAGCUAGCUGCACCGGAGAACAGCUGCGAUGGGAGGUUGUCGGUAUCGUCUUUGCCGCUGUAGGCGUAGUCUUAAUGUCACUAAUGGAUGGCAAUCCUCUAUUUUAUAAUGACAACGACGAGCCUAUAGACCGCAAACAGCUUGCGUUGAAGGUGUGGGAUGCUUCGGAGUCGUGUCUGUCGUUCUGCAACGACUUUGACAUACUGAACGACGUUUUCCUCUGGCUUCUGUUCGAAAACUACGUUUUAUCCAACUCUCUUCACUCGAAAGGCAGUUAUGCUAAUUGGCAAAAGUCUGGGGAGAUCAACAAUGCUUUACUAGCAUUUGGGCUUCAUCAAGAGAUCAAAGUCGAUGCAGACACUCCGUUUUUCAUUGCCGAGUUCCGCAAGCGCCUGUUUGUCCAAGCAUACGGCAAUGACAAAUCUACUGCAGCAUUUGUCGGACGACCUCCACGACUCAGCCAUCAGUACUGUCUCCUACAGCUCCCUCUCGACCUCAGCGAUGAACAACUCAUGGCGGAUGGUUUGGAUCUUAGCGAUGCUUUGACCUGCCUCGACGAGGAGGGCUGGAAUUCACGAGGGACUAUCAGCGCGUGCACCUGGGCGCGCAUAUGUGCACAUAACGCUCGCAUCUAUGAAGAUAUACUGGAGAUUUCUCUCGGUGUAUUAGACCAGGAUAUAGUUGCAAAAGCUCAUGCAAUUGAGCAAAAGGCACAAUCAGCUUGGGAUAGGCUGCCUAGUCAUCUUCGGGUAAAUUCAGAAAAUCCUUGGGACCUCAAACGCGCUCCAGUCGAACAUAUUUUCCUUUAUGGAAUCCAGCUUGAGCACCUCGACCAACGUUUCCUCAUCCAGCGAGCUUUGAUCAAAAAGGCAAACGUGGAUGCGACCCGACUCGUAUUGAUAGCAAGAGAGAUGUUUAGGCAUAUCCUAGUCGUAGUCAACAACCGUGACGCGGUACACGACUUCCACCUCGACUUCACACAAGGUCUCUGCACGCACGGUAUCCCAGUUGCAGCUGUAAUUGCCGUCGAACUACUGCGUCAGGAGCGAAACCCUGGAACCACCGCUGAUCCACUACCUCGAUCUGCUACCAUCCAGGAUCUGAGCGUCUUCGUCGCCUGUCUUGGUACCAUUCGUCCUGACUGCAAUGCCUACAACAUCUGCGACCGUGGACGGCGGUUCUUGAAAUCAAUACUGGAUACUAUCCUUUCGCCGGCACCAUACUGUAUCUCAUCGAACUCGGGCGGUUCAGAUGUUCAUGACCUGCCAGCUCCUCAAUUCGCAGGCAAUGACGGCGAGUUCAUGCGAUGGCUCGAAACGAUGGAUUGGGAGCAGGACAGCUGGAUCAAUUUCGACUAG